AUGUCCUCGGCAACGACAUCAUCCGUGUCCUCCUCGUUCAAUUCAGGAGCAGCGGCCAGCUCCUCCAAGAUUGAGAGAAAGGGAAAUGUUGCUACGCUUCUGACAAGCGCAGGUUACCAGACCAACUUGACUGCAGUCGAUACAUACGGCAACACUUUCCAGGUGCCCGAUUACACCAUCAAGGACAUUUUAUCGGCGAUCCCAGCGCAUUGCUACCAGCGCAGAUUGUUGCAAUCGUUAUUCUACGUGUUUAGGGACAUGACAUGUAUGGUUGUGUUGGGCUACUUGGCCAACAACUACGUUGCAGACAUUCCUCUGCCAUACCUCAGAUUUGCAGCUUGGGCAGGCUAUGUGUGGAUGCAGGGUUUAUUUGGAACUGGGCUCUGGGUCUUGGCCCACGAGUGCGGCCACCAAGCUUUCAGUGACUAUGGCUGGGUCAACGACUUGGUUGGGUGGAUCUUGCACUCGUAUUUGCUAGUUCCUUACUUUUCGUGGAAAUUUAGUCACGGCAAGCACCACAAGGCAACUGGACACUUGACAAGAGACAUGGUGUUUGUCCCAAAAACCAAAGAACAAUUCUUGAAAGCUAGAGGCUUUGACGAUUUGGAAGACUUACUCGGAGACUCGCCAAUCUACUCCUUGACCCAAUUGAUUGUGCAACAAACUUUCGGAUGGAUUGGAUACCUUUUCGCCAACUUGAGCGGACAAAAAUUCCCUGGAAAAUCGUGGUGGCAAGUGAGCCAUUUCAACCCAUCUUCGUUGAUAUUCGAGAAGAAGGACUAUUACUACAUCUUGUUGUCGGAUGUGGGGAUUUUAGUCCAAGCAACGGUGAUUUACCUUUGGUAUCAGAAUUUCGGCGCUUUCAACUUUGCCGUCAACUACUUGUUGCCAUAUUUCUUGGUCAACCACUGGUUGGUGUUUAUCACCUAUUUGCAACACUCGGACCCACAGAUGCCCCACUACGAAGCACACCAAUGGACGUUUGCUCGUGGUGCUGCUGCUACCAUUGACCGAGAGUUUGGCUUUGUCGGAAAACACAUCUUUCACGACAUUAUCGAGACGCACGUGUUGCACCACUAUGUUUCGAGGAUCCCGUUCUACAACGCAAGAGAGGCGAGCGAGGCCAUCAAGAAAGUUAUGGGCAUACACUACCAACAUUCAGAUGAGAACAUGUGGGUGAGCUUAUGGAAAUCGGCUAGAUGGUGCCAGUUUGUUGACGGUAAGAACGGGGUCAUGAUGUAUAGAAACACCAACGGCUUUGGGGUUGAUCCCAAGAAAGAGACUGUAAAGAAGUAA